AUUUUCAAUAUCAUGUUAUUGCUUAUGAAUUUUACGUGUUUCGGUCUUUGUUCUGACAGAUCUGUUUUAUUUUCAUAGAGUAGGUGACCUUUGUCUUCCUUUCAUACAAGAUUUGGUCUAAUUGGAUGAUGCAUGUCCUCCUUUUCCGAUCUUAUUUUUGGUUAUAAUACAUCUUCUAUUGAUUAUGUUAAAUCUAUUCAGGGAUCUGUUUUCUUUGUGCUUGAGAGGUUAGGACUUAGUCAUGUCUUUAUAUUUGUUGCAUACCUCUGUUGUAUGUGUUAUCCCGGACAGAUCGUAAUUAUGAACAGUCCAAUUUUUGGCAUAUGAAGUCGGUUUUGAAGUUGCACAUUUUCCAUCAUCUGCCUAUAGCUAUGAUGGAAGAUAUAUUCGAUAUUAAGAUUUUGAUUAUAUAGGCUCGCUGUUCUUUUAAUUUUUUUGUGAAUUAUAUUAAUCAUUAGAAUUAACCUUUACACAAUUAUUGUAGUUACCUGUCGAAUUUCAACUAGAACCAUGUUGCAAGCUGGUUGGCUUUCUCUAUGCAUUCAUUAUAUGACUUGCUCUAUACGUUUUGAUUUGUUUUAUGCCCUGAGAUUCUCUUGCUGCUACUAAAUUCAAUGAUUAUUUGGAUGCAAAUGACUGAAGUGGGUAACUAUCCUAGGUUGGUUUUAAGGGGGCACGGAUUUGUUAUAUUUUUUGAGUGGUACAUGAAUGAAUGGCUCUGUGUAGGCUCAGGUAGGAUUAUUUUGUGGACAAGAUGUUGGGAAUGUAACAAGCUUUGCACCUUCAAGAGCUCCCUCGGACUAUCCCACUAGUUCUCUAUUUGUAAAGACUGUUGCUCGAAAUGGUUCCCCCCUAUGGCGUGAGGAUGACAAAGAUGGGCAUUACAUGUUUGCGCUUGGAGAUAAUUUAACCUCUCGCUGUAAUUACACUUUACCAUCAUUGUCUUGGUUAAUGAUAUUAAUCCGUCUAAAAUGAGUCAAAUGUAGUUGUGAUUUUCAAAUCUGUAGUUUGGUAGUUGAAUUUUAUAUCACAACAAGCGACCUUAUUAAUUUUAUUUGACACGAGGUAGGAGGUUUUUCCUGUAAAUAUGUUAAGUUUAUGUGUCUUUACGGUGCAUUUAAUGAGGGAAAAGGGUUUUUGAUUUGUCAUGGUUUUGACUUGUAAAGUUUAUUAAAUUCUGAUUGCUUGUAUAUUCGCUUCUGUGAUUUCAGAUAAGAUUCACAGCAAAAUGGGUGAAGGAACCUUUGGUCAGGUUUUAGAAUGCUGGGACCGGGAAAGGAAAGAAAUGGUUGCCAUCAAAAUUGUCCGGGGCAUCAAGAAAUACCGAGAAGCAGCUAUUAUUGAAAUUGAUGUUCUGCAGCAACUUGCAAAACAUGACAAAGGUGGCAGUCGUCAUGCAUGAUUUGUGUCUGAUACAUACUGAUUUGAAGCCCGAGAAUGUACUGUUAGUUUCUUCGGAGUACAGUAAGGUUUAUGAUUACAAGGGCUCCUCCCGCUCACCAAAGGAUAGUUCUUAUUAUAAAAGAGUUCCCAAGUCGAGUGCUAUUAAGGUUAUAGAUUUUGGUAGCACAACAUAUGAACGUCAAGAUCAGAACUACAUUGUAUCUACUCGGCAUUAUCGUGCACCAGAGGUUAUCCUUGGACUUGGGUGGAGUUACCCGUGUGAUAUAUGGAGUGUUGGUUGCAUCUUGGUGGAGUUAUGCACUGGGGAGGCAUUAUUUCAAACUCAUGAGAAUUUGGAGCACCUUGCAAUGAUGGAGCGGGUCCUUGGCCCCUUGCCUGCACAAAUGUUAAAGAGAGUAGACCGACAUGCAGAGAAGUAUGUCAGAAGAGGAAGGUUGGACUGGCCAGAAGGUGCAACCUCUAGGGAAAGCAUGAAAGCUGUUGCGAAGCUUCCUCGCCUUCAGAACCUAAUAAUGCAGCAUGUAGAUCACUCAGCCGGGGAUCUCAUACAUCUAUUGCAAGGACUGCUUAGGUAUGACCCCAUGGACAGACUAACAGCCCGUGAUGCCCUUAGGCAUCCAUUCUUUUCUAGGGAUCAAUUGAGGAGAUGAGCAGGAAUCCUAUGGAGCUCAUUUGUGACUCAAAGAGUUGCUGUAGUGGGUUGCCAGAAUCAACUCAUUAUAGUUCGCUAUGUCAAGUAUGGGUACUGUGCUCUUUGCGACUGCUGCCUGCUCGAAUGUUUAUUUGGUCUUGAUUUAAAUGGAAGGCUGCAUCUGUAAAUAUCCUUCAACAGAAGCUAUCGGGAAGCUCUGUACGAGUGAAGUUCUGACAAAUCAUGUGACUAACCUAAGUGUACGACAAAACUAGUCGGACUGGUGUUAUUUUUGUAACUGAAAUUCAUUUGAUGUUCCCUUGAAUUAUUGGGGCCCUUGCUUACUUAAUCUAUCUCUUUGUUUCUCA